AUGUCGGCGUUCAACGGGAAAGCCCCGUACGCCCCCGACUACGCCUCCUACAACUGGAUCGGUGCCCCUUCCAACUAUGAGCUCUCCACCAACGCCGAUAUGGGUGGUGAUUCCCGCACCGAAAAUGUGAACAAAUGGUUCCAGCCCGGCGACCAGGCCUACAUCAUCGUAGCCUCUGCCAUGGUCAUGGUCAUGAUCCCCGGUCUGGGCUUCCUGUAUUCUGGUCUCGCGCGUCGAAAGUCCGCCCUCAGCAUGAUCUGGGCCUGUAUGGCCUCGUUCUCCGUCGUGACCUUCCAAUGGUAUUUCUGGGGCUACUCGCUGGCCUUCUCGCCGACCGCAACAAACGGCUACAUUGGCAAUCUCCGCAACUUUGGUUUGAUGAAGACGCUCGCUGAUCCCAGUCCUGGCUCGCCUUUGAUCCCCGGUCUGCUUUUUGCUUUUUACGAGAUGCAAUUCUGCGGCGUCACAGCUGCCAUCGUUAUGGGAGCCGUCGCUGAACGAGGCCGUCUCCUUCCCGCCAUGGUCUUCACCUUCAUCUGGGCCACAAUCGUCUACUGCCCGCUCGCCUGCUGGACCUGGAACGCCAACGGCUGGGCCUACAAAUGGGGCGUCAUGGAUUACGCCGGCGGUGGCCCCGUCGAAAUCGGAUCCGGAUUCACAGCUCUCGCCUACUCAAUGGUCCUCGGCCGCCGUCAAGAGCGCAUGAUGCUCAACUUCCGCCCGCACAACGUCUCCCUCAUCCUCCUCGGCACCGUUUUCCUCUGGUUCGGCUGGCUGGGCUUCAACGGCGGCUCGUCCUUCGGCGCUAACAUUCGCGCGACCAUGGCCUCUUGGAACACCAACCUGACCGCCGCCUUCGCCGCCAUCACCUGGGUUUUGCUCGACUGGAGGCUCGCUCGCAAGUGGUCCAUGGUCGGCUGGUGCUCUGGCACCAUCUCCGGUCUUGUAGCCGCGACCCCGGCCUCGGGCUUCAUCUCGCCUUGGGCCAGCGUCAUCCUCGGCGUCGUCACCGGCAUCGUGUGCAACUACUCCACCAAGAUCAAAUACUGGAUCCGCAUCGAUGACUCAAUGGAUGUCCUAGCUGAACACGGCAUCGCGGGUAUCGUGGGCCUAAUCUUCAACGCGCUCUUUGGCGACGACGCAGUCGUCGGGCUCGACGGCGUCAACACCGGCACCGGCGUCGGCGGCUGGGUAAUCCACAACUGGAAACAACUCUACAUCCAAAUCGCCUACAUCGUCGCAGCAGCCGCAUACUCCUUCGUCAUGUCCGCCAUCAUCGCCUACGCAAUCAACGCUAUCCCGGGCCUGAACCUUCGUGCCUCAGAGGAAGCCGAGCUCCUCGGCAUGGAUGACGACCAGCUCGGCGAAUUCGCCUACGACUACGUCGAGGUCCGACGCGACUACCUCGCCUGGACACCCCAGCAAAAAGACCAGCUGGAGGACGGCCAUCAGAUCCCCGCCGCGGAGCGCUACGGCAUCGGCGAGCACUCGGAAAUGAUGCUGGAAGGCCAGCCGCCCAUGGGCGAAAUCAGCCAGAGCUCGCGCGGCGGCAGUGGCAGCGACAUGGGCAUGCACGAGUUGAAGAUCGCGCCUGCUCCCCGACAGGUUGCUGAGUCUCACCCGGCUGAUACGCAGGUGCGGGCGCCCAGUCCCAUUGAGGCUCCGGUCGUCUUGCAGCCUGUUGGCGAGAAGGACGUUUGA